AUGGGUCCAAAGGCUAAGGGGAAGGCCACCUCUAAAGGUUCCAAAACGACAAAGCCCACAAAGAGCACUGCCAGAGGUGGUGCAAAAGGUGCUGGUGGCGGUGGUGGUCGAAAGAGGAAAGCUGAAGAGGAUGAUGAGUCUGAGAAUGAAAACGAAGUACUCCCUGAAAAGCCUCCAAGGCCCUUCAAGGUACAGUAUGGGCUACCGGUGUCUGUUGAUCCACCUGAAUAUGAUAUUCUGAGCCAUGCGCUAUCAGUGUCAGAUAGUGCUGUGCUGUACUCUUCAUUGAUGAGGUCCCGUAAGGGCUAUACCGACAGUAACAUAUUUGAACUGUACUGGGCCAAGGGAAAGACCAAGUUCGACAACGAUGUCAAUGCAAGAGACCGCAUGAACAAGUUCUGUGACUGCAAGAUGGAGAUGGGCCCACAUACUUUCGACGUCAGGUUUUUCAUCUUGAAAGAUGACGAGAUUGAGAGAAAGAGGGAAGAAGAAAAGGAAGCUAAGAAGCUGAAGCGACUAGCCAAUAAGAAGGCCCGUGAACAACAACAGAAGAUUAGGGAAUUGAAGAAACAGGGGUUACCAAUACCGGAUACGCUGAGUGGAUCAACACCGGCAGACUCACCUGCAGUUAAGCCGUUGGAAGAUUCAAGCUCUAAACCUGAGGAUACCAAAGACGAGGGGAAGACCGAAGAUGUCAACGGCGAAGAAAACAAGACAAGUGGCAAUGAUGGUGAAAAAAAGGAAGGAGAGGACGAUGACGAUGACGAUGACGAUGACGAUGAAAAUGAAAAUGAAAAUGAAGAUGAAAAUAAUAAGAUUAAUAAGGGAGAAGAGAACCAUGAGCAGCAAAGCCGAGAUACAACAGAUGCGGAUGAAUCGAAAGAGCCCUCCAAAACUGAUUCAACUGAGCAGCUACCGACUUUGACAGAAACUGUCACGGAUAAUGGACCUAGUAAAGUGCCUACUCCCUCGUUGGAUACUGCGGCAUCCUCUGGCAAGGAUCAACCUAAACAGAACAUACAAAAGGUCCAGAAACCCGAGGAACAGUUGAAACCUCAAGUACAACAACCUCUGAGGCAACAAAACUCGACAAACGAUGCAAUGCAAACGCCAGAAUCUCAAAUGACCAUCGCAAACUUGAAUAUCAUCGCAAGAUCAGAUCCUGCCUUGAACCCAUUGAUGAAGAUCGUUGCAAGCGGAAACGCUACUCCUGCCCAAAUAAGGGAGUUCCAAGGUUAUAUCCAACGGGCAAAGUCUAUGGGUCCUCCACCACACUUUAAACCAAUAUUUUCCACUUUCAAUAACCCUCCCAAACCACCAAAACCACCAAAGAAACCAAAGAAGGUGAAACCUCCGAGAGAGAAACUCUUAACGACAUUCCAGGAAAAGUACGUCGAAGGAGCACAACUUGUGUUUGAGUUUGCUGAGAACCCAAAUGUUAGGUUCACUCUUCCAAAGGAUUGUAUAGUAGAGAAAAGUGCACCAAAUGAGUACCUCGUUUCUUUCCUUGUUGUGUUCAACAUUGAAAAGAUCAAAAAAUGGGAGCUGAGACAACAGAACAGAAAAGAGAAAGAAGAGCGGAAAGCUGCUGAAAACAAGAAACUCGAAGUUAAAAAGGAUGCUAACGAUGAGAAGUCUCAUAGACGUACAAGAGGGAAUGAUCAUUUAGACGAAUCUGAAAAGGAAGCACAACCAGUUCCUCCAAAGGUUGAAGAUAUCAAUGAUCCGAAACCACAACCUUACUUCACUGCAUUUUCGUUCAAGAUAAUUGGGGUUGAGGAGAAGUAUGAUCCAAUCUUUCUCAAUAGUUUUUACAAACCUGAGAAAGUACUUGAGAUUAUGGAAGAAAUUAUAUCGACAGGGGAGAGAGCUCCUAAGUACAUGUUAUGGUAUCAAGUUGAUGCUUAUGAUGAUGAAGACCUCGCUGAAGAAUUGAGAGAACAAUUGGAACUUUUGGAGAACCCACCAAAGAAAUACAAUAAAAGAAAAACCACCGAGGAUAAUCCACUUUUGGCUAUUCCGAAGCGUCAAAAGAAGGUGAAGAGUGAACCAUCUUAG